AUGACAUCUUUACGAAAAUUCACUUUAUUGGCGCUUGUUGCUAUUACACAUGCGCAAAGUAAUAAUGCCUCCCCAGCUGAAACAGAACCCGAAGACUGGGAAGCCGACCAGUGCGACUGCUUCUUGACGGAUGGGCUGGAGCCCGAGUACUAUACAGCCCAUCGGUUCUGGGACUUCAGAAAUCUGGCUGAAUAUGCUGGCAUUCCGGCUACCAUUGCUGGCGAGAACGACACAGCUGAUGCUGACGUUAUAAGCAAGUACUUCAAGAAAAAGGAAUGGAAGAACUUUUGGAAAGUUCAAAGCUGGAGCAACCGUAGAAGCCAUGAUGCACUGGCCUACGGUGCGAGAUUUCCUAUGGUCAAUUCAGCCAACAACAUAUACAUACGGACCGACCCCGACAAAAACCCAGACUCUGAGACCUACCUAACGAUGCGCACAAACCGUCAAAAAGAGUUCCAGGUAGCAUCCGAAUUUGACUCGGUUGACCGGUUUCAAUUCUUGUCAAUCCGAUUUCGGGGACGUAUAAGAGGUGCUGCUGGAGCUUGCAUGGCUAUGUUCACCUAUGUCCCCGCUGAGGAGAUUAAGAACGUUCAAGAAGCCGACCUAGAGAUCCUCACACGUGAAGGCACCGAUCGCAUUCAUUACACGAACCAUCCCGGCUACAGCAUCAGAGGUGAACUGUAUCCUGAAGCUACACGCAACACCUCACUUCCCGAUACGCUCAAGUGGAACGACUGGGUUGAACACCGAUUGGAUUGGACACCGAAUCAAUCUAUCUGGUACGCCAAUGGCCAAAAAGUAGCCAACAUCUCAUUCCAAGUCCCACGAGACCCGUCGCUCAUGAUCUUCAACGCCUGGGGUGAUGGGGGAGUUUGGACAACCAACAUGACCACUGGCGAGGAAGCGUAUAUGGAGUUGCAAUGGCUUCAGAUGCUUUACAACGUCAGCGAUGCCUCUGCGAGCAAACACAAGCGAGAAGCGCAAGACGCUGGACCUCGAGGAAGAUUUCUGAGAGAGAAGCGUGAUGGACAGGAGAACAUGUGUAAGAUGGUGCGCAGUAUUGACGAAGAGCCUGGAGCUGGAGUUGUGACCUGGAUGUGGGGUAAUAACACUGCAGCGACACGAUGGAUGUAA